AUGAUACAGUUAAACACUACAUCAGUAGUACGACACCCGAAAAACCAGGCAAUCACCUCUUCAGAUGCACAGGUGCUGGUGUCCUGCGUCAAGUUUGAUGAUUCCCACUCCUUGCUUUGGGUGGGUGACUCGCGUGGGUACUUGACGUCGUAUAGCGGGCCAAAGAUGCAACUCUACACGUCAGUGAGGGCACAUAAUGGGCCGAUCUUGAAAAUCUUGAACCACAAAAGAGGAGUUUUGUCGUUGUCGUUUAAUUCGAUACGCUUGGGGACCAAAGAGGGCAUUACGUUGUUCAACAUACUUUCAGAUGAGCUGAAGGGAAUAAACUCCAUGUCUUACACGUCAAAUACGCAGACGGAAUUACUGGUUGCCGGCGACAAAGACGCCACUCAGUCAAGGAUAUUCAAGAUUGAUAUGAUAAACAAACGUAUUUCGAGCUCUUUUGCGUAUCCGCACACCGUCAUCUUCAUGGAAACGAACUUGAAAUAUAUUGUGCUCGGUAGAUCCGAUGGCUGUGUUGAUAUUCUGGAUCCGAAGUCAAACCGGAUUCUUGAGUCUUUCGAAUGCCACUCCUCGGGAUUGUCACACAUCUCGGUUAAGGAUAGCAGCUUGCUGACGACGGGGUUCUCCUCCAAAAGGGGCCAAUUUGUUCCAGACAAUUUUGUCAACUCAUUCGAUUUAAAGACCUUGACCGCUUCGAGUCCGAUAUCAUUUCCGGCUGGAGCCUCAAAAGUUUUUCAUCACCCAAUAAUACCGAAUGUCAUUUUGAUCUCAUCGAGUAUGGGACACAUGAACUUUUUGGACAUAAAAACUCCCUCAAAGCUGAACAUAUAUCAAGCCGACAUUACUACAUAUGUCACCGCGUUUGACCUUUCCAGUUCAGGCUCGUUCAUAGCAAUUGUUGAUGCUCUACACAACUUGCACUUGUGGUCCCGCAAUGCUAUGGGAUCGUCAACAGAGUUUGCUUUGUACAACGCUCCUCUCACAUUUCCAACACCUAUAGCUGAGGUCAUACCAGCUUCGAAUCAUUUGACAAGCCCAAACUCUCCAUUCAGUUUAAUAAAAUUGCCGGCUUUUCACAGUCAAUUAUUGUCGGCGUGGCCUAGUGAUUUGGUAUUUGAUGUGGGAGGCUUGCCCAACCAGAUAGAUCCAGAGAUAUUACGAAGCUCGGAACUUAUUAAUGGUAUCCUUAUAGCCAGAUACAAUAAAGAGAAAUUCGGUCCAAGAAAUGUGGCCGAGAAAUAUUACAACAUAUCUCAGCAGACCUCUGAAGGGGCAAAUGACUUGUACAAUCAUGAAAUUUUUGAUUUGAAAUCAGCUAGAGGAGACGUUCCAAAUGCUUAUAGGCAGCUCUCAAUACUAUAUAGUAAGUUCGGAGUGGACGACUUUGAUUUUGAUUUUUACAACAAAACGAAAUUUUCGGGCUUGGAGAUCAAUUCUGGUAAUUCGUUUUUCAACCCUAUCUUACAACUGUACAGAUAUAUUGCUCCAAUGUUCAACUAUACCCUUAUGGCACUAGCCGAAGACGUCACAGAAGAGUCAAAUUUAUUGAUGGAGCUUGGUUAUUUGUAUGAUAUGAUGCACAAAUCUGAUGGUCGUCAUUGUGCAGCAUCAAAUUUCCAGAUUAUCUUUUCAUCGAUUGGAGAGACACAAAAUCUAGGUUUGACCACAGACUCAAACAUUUCAAGAGAUGAUUAUAAACAAAGAAGAAUGAUACAAACUUUCAACAGGUUUUUAUUGGAAAGACUUUCUAAGGAUGAGUGCAAGUUAUAUAAAACUCAAACCCCAAAUAACCUAAAUGACAUAUGCGGUGUUUACACUGAAACUACAAUAUAUUCAAAUUUUUGUUCGUUGACACAUAAAAGAGUUAUGAUGUAUCAUUCCAUAGAUAUCAACUGUUUACCUUCUCCUCCACUAAUUCCCACAAGUGUCACAAUUCUCAACUAUUUGGAAGCCUCCAUGAACAAACAUAUCCAGCAACAAAUUGUUUGUGAGAACUGUGGGUACCAACAUCCAGUCAAUGCUUCUCUAGUCAUCAAUAAUUUGUCUCCGGUUGUGGUUUUGAAUCUGGACUUGAACAAUCAGCAAAUGAACGAAAUAAGAUACUUGAAAGGUUGGCUUACUCCUGAAUUUUACUAUGCCCAAUCACCCCUGGGUACCCCUGUAUUGAGAAGCAAUGUGAUAGGUGGUGUAGUCUCUAACCUCAGAAAAUUUGAGUUAUGUGGUUAUACAGCUCAAAUCACCAAUAGACAGGGGGAAAGUCACCUUGUCACUUAUUCCAAAAUUCGAACGGAUCCAAAUGAUUCAGGUAGAUGGUAUUUAUUUAACGACUUUUUAGUUAGGGAAGUUCCUGAAGAGGAAGUUUUGGAUAUCUCUCCAUGGUGGAAAAAACCUGUUGUUAUGAUUUAUAAGGAGGUUGGAAUCGGUAAUGAAUUCAAACCGAAUGUCUAUAUGAACAAUUUGAAUACUUCCAUUUUGCACAAAGAUUGUUUAAUUGAAGGAACACGUGAAGGUAAAACAAUCGAAUACCAUUUAUUAGAUAAUAAUGAGACAAUAAAGCCAGGAACCCUAGUUGCAUUAGAUGCGGAGUUCAUCGAACUUUUGCCUGCAGAAUACGAGUUUAGUGGCGAAGGCACAAAGUCUCUUGUUAGGCCACCAACUUUAUCGCUCGCAAGGAUAUCCGUUAUUCGUGGUGAAGGUCCUAAAGAAGGCGAGUGUUUUAUUGAUGAUUAUAUUGCAACCUCCAAACAUGUUCAUGACUAUAAAACAGAGUUCUCUGGUAUAGUGGCUGGGGAUUUAACACCUGGUGUAUCUAAGAAAAGUUUAGUCAAUUUGCAAGUUGCAUAUAGAAGAAUUUGGUUAUUGUUGAACCUUGGCUGUGUGUUUGUUGGACAUUGGUUAGCUGGUGAUUUUAGAAUGAUCAAUAUCUAUGUUCCCCCUGAACAAGUGCGUGAUACAGGUUUAUGUUUUUACCUCAAGAAGGAGAAGCGGAAGUUGGGAUUGAAAUUUUUGGCUCACUACGUGUUAGACAAAGAAGUUCAAAAAGGAAAUCAUGAUUCCAUUGAAGAUUCGAUUAAUGCACUACUUUUAUACAAAGAGUACCUAAAGCUGAAAGAGUCCGGAAGAUUAGAGAACAUGUUAUUUCACCUUUAUUUCGAAGGACAGAUGUCCCGGUUUAAAGUUCCCACAGAGGUAACUUUGAGGAAACCCAGCAAUACCAAGAAAGAUGACAAUGUAAAUACGUAG